AUGGCCGCCUAUCUCAUGAGUCAUUAUCCUUCAACACCACCUACAUCCUGUCUCAUUGCUGCUAAAAGUUGUGUACCCCCAAUCAAAGCUACAACCAUUCCUCGACUGGAGUUGAUGGGAGCUGUGCUGUCAACUCAAGUGGUGAAAAGCAUUACACAAAUUCUCUCAGUUGCAACUGUUACCUUUUGGACGGACUCGACUAACGUUUUAUUUUGGGUUCUCAACCAAAGUCGCAGCUUUAAGCCUUUUGUGGCCAACCGAGUGGGUGAAAUCCAGAGAACGACAGACCCAACGCAGUGGAGGCAUGUUCCCGGAAAGCUUAAUCCCUCUGAUCUGCCAACCAGAGGUGUCUCUGCCAAAGAUCUCAUUGAAAGCAAGGUCAGAAAAACUACCAACGACAGUCAUUGAUGAAUUCGAGCAUGGCAAAGGGAAAAGAGUGUCAAAAACACAUCUCACCCAGAGCCCCAAUGAAGAUACCACGAGCGAAGUUUUUAUGGACCCCACAAAGUAUUCUAGUCUCCAACGCCUGGUCCGUGUUACAGUGUGGAUAUUACGGUUUGCAAGGAACUGCAAGUUGUCAAAGGAAAGGAGAGUACUAAGCGCAACACUCGCGUCAGAGGAUAUCACCGAAGCUGAGACUGUGUGGCUACGAAGAACACAGAGUCCUUUCCAGAUGGAGAGAAACAAUUGUUAA